CAUACAUUCAUAAAAGUCAAACAAAAGUCAUAAUAUUUACAUGUUUGAAAGAUCAUUUGAUUUGUUUUUAAUUGUAAAUUGAUGUCACAUAAAAAAACAUUAAUAUGGCUCACCGAUACAAUAAAAUUCAAUGAUAAUAGUGACUCUAGUAGUUGGAGUGACAUGAGUUUUGUAAAAUCAGAGUCAUCUGAAGACGACGAUGAAGAUGAUAGGUUAUUUUUUCCUUUGAUGCACUAUUUAUCACGAUUACGAAGAAAAAGAUUAGAUGACUAUUUACACACAGUGGAUUCAUGGACUGAUUCUGAAUUUAAGAAUCGUUUACGCCUUUCUCGUAAAACUGCAUACACACUUAUUGAUGAAUUAGAAAAGUCUGGCUUUAUAGCACAACACAAAUUUGGUUUAAAACCCCUGGAACCAAAACUGUGUUUUUAUAUAUUCUUGUCAUUUAUUGCAAAUACCGAACCAUUAACACCAAUUGCAACAAGAUUUGACAUUUCAGUAUCGUCAGCAUUUCGAGUAAUAAGAAGAGUAGUAGCAUGGUUACUGACAAAAUUGAAUGAUGUUAUAAAAUGGCCUACAAACUAUAUAGAAAUAAGGACAACUUGUGAUGAUUUUCGAACUAAUAUAGGAAUAUCAGAUGUUUUGGGAGUAAUUGAUUAUAUUGAUGAUUUGGGAGAUUUGGAGCAUGUAAAGAUUGAAAAGCCAAAAAAUGCAGCAGCUUAUCAUAAUUCUAAAGGAUAUUUUUCAAUCAUAUUACAAGCAACAUUUGAUGCAAAUAUGAAAUUUAUUAAUGUUUAUUGUGGAGAACCAGGAUCAUCAACUGCUGCCAGAGUAUUAAGAAAGUCUCCACUAUACCACACAGCAUGUCAGAGUAGAGAAAGAUUACUACCACAGAAUACCUUCCUCAUUGGACAUUCAGGAUACUCUUCAUUACCUUGGCUAGUGCCACCAUUUAGGGAAAGUAAUAGAUUAACAGUGCAACAAAGAGAGUUCAAUACAUUACAUGCAUCUGCAAGGAGAGUUAGUAAUAAAGCAUUUAAACUCCUAAAGAAUAGAUUUAAGAGAGUAAAAUAUUUUGCAGUAUAUAGAAACAUUGCUUUUAUCAUAGAUACAGUUGUAGCUGCAUGCAUUUUACACAACUAUUGUGUCAGUGAAAAUGACCAUUUCAAUCUGACUGAUUCAUGAAGAAAUGAACAGUUCACAUUUUGGGAAACUUAAAAGUUGAAUGCCACCAACUUGCCAUGUGUAUUUAAUGUUUUGAACACUACUGCUAAAAAUAAACAGUAUGAAAAAUUAUCACCACAGGCAAGGAUCAG